UAAGUAGUAAAUUAUGCAAUAUAUUAAACAAACGAGUUUUUAAUUUUGUUAGAAUUAGUUAUUUAACAAGUAUGAAAAGAUAUUCAUAUCCAUUCUAUCAGUUUAUCACCAGUUAGUUUAAAACCGUUGGCAUUAGACAUAAACAUUAUGUACGGAUCAGCAAUAGUGGCUGGUACAUUUUUAUAUUUCGCGUAUGGAAGUAAUUUACUUUCAUCACGGCUGCAUAUUGCUAAUCCUCGAGCUGUUUUCAAAGAUAUCGCUCGUUUACAAGAUUAUAAAAUAGAUUUUAUGGGAUUUUCACAAGUAUGGAGUGGAUCCGUUGGCACGAUUGUCAAGUCUCCAAGCUCUCAUGUAUGGGGAGUGAUUUGGGAAAUACCUAAUGAAGAUCUAACAAAUCUCGAUGGUCAGGAAGGUGUUGAUGCUGGAUACUAUAAAGCACUAAAUGUUAAUGUAACAAAUUCAGAUGGUAAAAUUUAUAACUGUCGUACUUACCAGCAGCUUACUGAUCCAGAUCCUAUUGUUGAAUUGAAUCAACUACCUAAUGAUCGACAACCAUCAUUAGCUUACCUAAAAGUUAUUGUACACGGCGCUCAAGAUCAUCAGUUACCAAGUGAUUAUAUUGAAUUUUUAAAAAAUAUAAAACAUAAUUGGAAUGAAACUAUAAUACUUAAAGAAUUAAACAUUUGUGAUAUAUAACUAGGAAUUGAACAAUAAACAGUGUUAAUUCACUAAUCUUUAGACUUUGAUAUAUAAUCGUAC